ACUUCUGUCUGCUUGGAUAGAUACACACGCGAAUACGGGAUCAGUCCGGGACAGGCUAAAUCGCGAAUGCACAGAUUUUUUGUUUUUCCCUGACUGAGAGCUUCUCGGUCGUGUGCAAAGAGUGUUGUGUUUUUAUUUUAGUUUGUUUUGUAUCUUGUCUAGUUUUCAAUUCAUCUCAAUUCUGCGAGAAGAAACAAAACGGGUUUCGAGCUGCAUUGCGCGAAACGUAUUGAAAAAAAAAAAGGAAUGUGCGGGUGAACACACAGUGAGAGAAAAGCAUGCAAAUUUAAUUGCGGAGACAUCCUCUGCCCUCUGCCCGCUAUAUAUAUAACAGAGUGGAAAAUCGAAAUUUUGUGCCUAACAAAUUGCGAAGGAAAUUAUUCUGGCAAAAAUACAAAGUGCAGGGCCACAACACAUUCGCAUUCGCGUGAAAUAGAGAGAGAGAGAGCGAAAGUGCAAAUCAUAAUUUUUCAAACAGCAGCAGAAAAACAAAAGCAAGGGAUCCAAAGCGAGCGCUGCGUAUGAAAGAUCCGCCUUCGUAGUGGCUUUGGGGGUGUUCUAAAAAUAUCCACAAGAAACGGGAAUCAUUUAUUCAUACUCGACUCGCGCGCGCUCUCUUUCCCUCUCUCUCACCUUGAGCUGCUAAAUAAUUAAGGAAGCUGUGUGAACCAUGUUUGCUGUUUACUGAACUGAGCCUGAGCCUGAGUUGACCCCCGUCGAGCCUAUUUCGCAAACGAUUAGGGGAGGCACAAGGCGAAGAAAAUCCGGAAUAUCCUGGCACCGGAGUUGGUGAUAAAAACAAAUUUUCGAAAGAUGCUGAUGUGGGCCCACCGAGCGCGCAGUAAUUAGCAGCAGCAACAACGCAACCAGGAGUCGUGCGUUACAUCGUCAGCUGUGAAUCCGUGAGUCCGACGGAAGCCCCAUUCCAAGUGUAGCCGCCGACCAGAGCGGUACAGUCGUACCACAACGAAUGGAUGUAUAAUACCCAAAAAGGGCUCUCAGCGCGGAACACAAAUCGGAUCGGCUAUUACGAAACGUGUCGCUGCCGUUCCCAGGUCGACAGGUAGGAAUAUUAGAGAAGCCUUCGGGAGCUCCUGAGUAUUCCACCGUUUGCAAAUAGCUGCUGCUGAGGUGUUGUGUGCCUAGAGUAGUCGGGUGCCAGUAUCGUAGAGUUCCGCAGAGCAUCGCCGCGAAAUUGAUUGACUCGGGAAAGGCAGUCGUCUGCGGAGUUGACGAGAAAUCUUUGCAAAUUACAAAAAAAAAAAAAAAACUACGCGCGCACUUCCAUUCGUGUCGUUGCUGGCGUGGUUUUCGCAAGCAAUUAUAUCCUAGGAAAGGCAGAAGUGAGAAAAAAAAUCACCCCACUCAAAGUGCAUCGUAGCGUUUUUAUGUUAGUCUCCUGGUUGUUUUUUUUCUGUGUCGUGAAUUGAUGAUAAAUGGUGAUCGCACGACCGCAAUUAUCCGUUGUUAGAGGAAAGUGCUUAUUGGUAUCAGAAACGGUUUAUUUUUGUCAGCGAUAAGUGGUAUCACGGUACGACGCGAAUCGCAGUGAAAGGAAGAGGUGUGGGCGAGUGUUUGUGUGUGUAUGCGCGUUCGCGAAAUAUUUGCAGGGCUUCUAGAGUCCCGAGCGCUUAUCAACGCCAACGCUUCGGACGCUCAUAUGCAAUAUGUUAUCGCGACCCAUUACGACCUGAUGAAGCGUUUUCUGGUGCGAUUACAAAGGUGCCAAUCGAGUGUUAUAGUCGUGUUUUCGCGUAUCGCCAACAGCAGGUCAGACCUUAUCGCGAGCCGUAAGUGCGAAUCGCGCAUUGCGUCGGGAAACGGUGUAUUCCUGUCGUGUUGAAACAGCGGUUAAUUACUGUGUUGUACCAGGCGAAGAGGGUGUGUUAGAGACGUAUUUCUAGUUCACAGUGAUCCCUGGAAGAAGAUUCUCAGCGGAGAAUGUCUGCUCUAAGCCAUCAGGUGAACAUGAAUAACUUCCUGUCGCUGUUGGUUGGCGCCUCGUUGGUGGCAGCCAACUCCUCCCCGAGUCACCACGAUCUCACAUCAUUCUCCCAACCGACGGAAUUCUCCAACGGGGUAUCCUCGUUCGCCCUGCCGGCCGAAGAUCGAACCGCGUUCGAUAUCUACACCUUGGCCUAUCUGAACUACAGCUAUGUCGACUCCAACCAUAUCGAAAUUCACGAGGGGGAACUGAUCGGCAAGUACGGCGAGGGGCGUAUCCUGAACCGGACCGGUCUGCUCAUCCACGUGACAAAGUCGGACCGAGUCGACGAACACACCGGCUGUACCAGGGAUUGGAAUGGGACGAGGGGUGAACCGUUGCCAGCUCUUGGUGUUCAGUGGAUUGCGUUGAUCAAGCGCGGAAAUUGUAACUUCGAGGAGAAAGUCAAGCAUGCUUAUACCCACGGAGCGGCCGGUGUUAUCAUCUACAACGAUAAGGACGACCAGCGGCUGGAUAAGAUGAAGAUUAACGAUAAAGAACAAGACAAUGAAGGUAACAUUACUGCCGUGUUCACAACCAAAGCCAAAGGGCACGAACUAAUCGACAUCCUGGAGCGACAGCAUUACGAAAUUACCAUGUCAAUCAUCGAAGGCAGCCGUCACUACCGAUCGUUGGCCAACAUCAACAGAACCUCGGUGCUCUUCGUAUCAAUCUCGUUCAUAGUGCUGAUGAUAAUCUCGCUGGUCUGGCUGGUGUUUUAUUACGUCCAACGGUUCCGGUAUCUGCAAACCAAAGACAAACAAUCGAGGCGACUUUGCAACGUAGCGAAACGAAUCAUUGCCAAAAUUCCAACCAAGAGUAUCAAAUCAGAUGACAAGGAAAUCGACAACGAUUGCUGCGCUAUCUGCAUCGAGCCGUACAAGGUGACAGAUGUGAUACGCGUCCUGCCCUGCAAACACGAGUUCCACAAGACUUGCAUCGACCCCUGGCUGCUGGAGCACCGCACCUGUCCGAUGUGCAAGAUGGACAUCCUCAAGCAUUACGGCUUUGUGUUUACCGGUAGCCAAGAGAGCAUUCUCCAGCUGGAUCUAGACAUGGAGGAAGGUGAUCUAAUUGACGAUCACAGCAGUACGGACGGUGGCUACCAGCGGCGCAAUAGCGUCAGUCCUCUACCCCAGAUAAGAUCCUCGAACGAUAAUCAGCUCUCGCGCAGCUCAUCGGAGUCGGAGUCGGAGCACGAGCCGCAGCACCGAACGGGUGGCGAGUCCUCCCGCCACUACCAUUCCAAUAGACAAUCGAUCGGAAGGGACAGUAUCGGGGAAGGAGUCGCCCCUGCCCCUGGUAACGGUUCCGGAGGCAACCGAGACGAGAGUGACAUUUGCGUUGGCUGUCUGGCGGCUGCGUUGAACAAAAAGCAACGCAACCUGGAGGGAACCUUCUCGCAGGAUGAUCCCGAUAGUGAUGUCCUAAUUUCACUUUUGCAGUCCUACAAUCCUGAACCGCACGGUUCAACGAGUCUUCCCGCUACGCUUAAGAAGUACAAAGGCAACCACUCGACCGGGUCGUGUCGUGGCAUGAAUCCCCCGGACCACUACCACCAAUAUCCACACCAGCCACAGCAGCAGGAUCCGCCGCAACCACAGGCUCAUUCGAAGCUUCCCUUCAAAUUCUACAAAACCGAUGGCGGAAAAGCGCGCAAGUCUCGCACUCCUCUUAAGAAUCUUAUUUCCCAGUCGGUAUCUGCGCCCGGUGACGAUAGCUCCCUGACCGAUAUCAAUCUGGGUUCCCAGGACGAACGAACCUGCUCGUACGUCCCGGACGUUGCGGUCGGGGCUCAACCAUCGCAACCGGGUCGUCGCUGUUCGCUGUCUCGAACGUCCUCCAAUGGUUCGGAUUCAAGAAACUUUGCUCACUACCAUCAUCACCAUCACCAUCCGGGAAUGCCCGAGCCGGAUGACGACGAAGGUUCGGACGAAACCGAUCCGAACAGCGACAACGAUCUGAUCGUGAAAAGCAGAGAUGGCAGUGAUGGUGAAUGCAAGAAGAAGUGAUAAAAGUGAUAUUAGUGUAUUCCAAGCUCUCGCGCUCCAAACUUAGUUGCAAAAAAAAAGGAAAUUAUUUGACGAGAACAAAUUGAACAAAAACACAGACACACACCCAGAGCGAAGGAAGAAAAACAAACUUGUUCCAAAAUAUUUUCCAGCCUAGAAAUAAGACAAAAAACUACAACUGUUAGGUUGAAAUCUUAUGCGUGAUAUUAUUGUAUUUUCCUCUCCGUAACGGUCAAACCGCGGGAAGCGGGGAUCGUUUCCAGUUCCAUGGAAUACAAGGUUUUAGUUUGGACAUUGAACUUUGUUGAUUUAAGGAUCCUCCUUCUCUAUAGCUCCCGAAGGGAGGCAGUACUUAAAAAAGAAGCAACUCUAACCUUCUAGAUAAAAUUAGGAAAUUUUUCGAAACUAGAAACCAUAGGCUUUAAACUCAAUUCUCUCUAACCCCUCAGUAAUAUAGGGGAAUAUAGUGAUAACGAUUUUAUCUUGUUAAAAUAGCAGCAGAUGCGUAAACAAAAAGCAAACAAACAAACAAACAAACGGUAGAACAAUACUACACUGAUUUAGGGCGAAAUGUAGCAGCCUGAUAGCUACCUAUUGUAGACGAGUAAAAGUUUUCACUUAAAACACCACCAGUUACAAGAUUUCGAGAUGUUGACAACAAUCGACCGCAGCUUCCGAUCGCGGCGCCAUUGCUGCCAGGAAUUUCAAGUGUGUAGAGAUUUAAUAGGAAUUCGAUGAUAGAGUAAUGUUUUUUUUUUCUCAUACUUACUAAACUGCUGCUGAUCCGAUGGGAUUAGACUUUUGAUUAUGGAGCGAAGGGAUGCAAUAUUUUGAGAGGGGAAGCGAGAUGUGCGUCAUUUGAAUGUGAUUGAUUACCUGAAGAAUCCGUUUUUCGUACUUUACGCGCAUAUCUAUUGGUUAUUCAUCCAUUUUUAAGCGAUGUCCGAAACUGGUGGAUCAAACUAGCUCGUUUUGAGACUUACACCCCUAUUCUGUAUUUCGAUUGAUUCGAAAUUUUUUGAAAGACUUGAUAAAAUUCCACUCUGUGUUCCGUUCGCCAGGUCAUUCUUUGCGUGGACACCGACUGGACAACAUCGUUGCUGGAUGAGCUGGACGGCGAGGGAUCGAGUACCUUUCUCAAGGCAAUGAGGGUGGAGGUGUUGUGCAGGAAUAGAGUAAAGUUUUCCAAGAGCCUUUCUCAAGGAUAGAGACGAAUGAACUGAGAAAGUUUAAAGUCUCUAUAAUACAAAAUCUAACCUAACCUCCGUUCGAGUUGUAUUUGAAUUUCGUUCGAUCUGUUUCUCUUCGCGCAUUGAAUGGGUAAUACGUUCGAAAUAGGGAAUGCGGAAUUAUAACUCGAACGAAAUAACGAUUUCGUACGAAAUGGAAACCCGUCGCAAUACAGAAUAGGGCUGUUAACUGUUGUUUUGAACCGUAAUUCGCUUUCUACCUUUUUUGUAUCUUCUAUAAUUUCCACUUGACUAUCUCUCUAUGGGGUGGAGCUCUGAUCUGGAAUGUUUGGACACCACCUUCACGUUGUUUUCGGCAUAUCAUUCCAUCGCCUUCUUUCCAAAGUGACAGAAUACCAUAUUUGUCAAAAACAAAAUGGGUUUGUUGUGUUUUGUUGAGGAAAGUGUGUAAUUCGCCAAGCCGGAAAUUCACCAUUUUGCUUCAUUGAAGGGAAUAACACCUUAAGGUAGGUUUAGAGUUUCCGUGAACGUGAACGCGGACAAACACGUUUUUGUUAAUAAUUCAUCAGUCCAUAUAUAAAACGCUAGGAAAACAUCUUGAAACAAUAAGAAGAAACAUUUGCUAGUUAUAAAACAUGUUUAAAAACAAUUCAUAUUGAUAAAAGUCAAUUAACUCAAUAGUUCACAAAGAUUCUGAAUUUCCACCGUGGAAUCGAGAUGUUAGUGAGCUCACCAUAGUUCACCGACUUCGGUGAACGUGAACGUGAAAACAGUGGUGAAUAUAGACGUCAAAAUAUUUCCCCGUUCAUGUUCACGUUCGAAUGUCCCAAGGCAUUCUGAAAAUUAUUUCACCGUGAACUGUAAAAGGAUAUUGUUUAGCAAUUCUCAAGUUUUCAAUGAAAAUUUUGAUAUGGAUGCAAUUUCAUUCAGACGGGUCUCUGCGCGGGUUGAAAAACUUCGUUGCUUCGGGUUGAUUCGUGAACAACUGUAUAUUUUAUCCGAAUUACUUUACUGAAGAUCGAUGUUUAUUUACUUCACGUUUACUGCCGAACUUUUAAUAUGAACGUGAACACGAACAAAAUCAUUCUAUUCACCACGAUUUUUUGAGCUGUUCGUUCGCAAUGUAGUUCACCGUGAAAUGAUCGUACUAUUCCACCACCUGUUCAAGUUCACGUUCACGGGAACUCUAAACCAUGCUUUACCUGGGCUAAUGCUCGUAUGGGAAAGAGGACGAUGACGGGGCUUGACAUCACACGAGCGUAAUUGUGUCAAAGCGUUGCCAGGGGAGACGCCAUAACCGGGCUGUAUAUACUUAGGCGGAUGCCAUAAAGCUAUCGGUAACCUGCAGUGAUACCAGCAUACAUUCGAGCAUCCACACAGAAAGUAGUUCGUCAACUUCGCAUGCGUAGCGCUUGAAGAGCAAACGUUGAAAUUAAAAUAGAGUAAUAAUUCUAUACGUAUGCACCUACAAAAUGAUGGUGGUUCAGGUUUUUCAACGAUUCCAAGCCGCAUACACGACUUCGAUUGACAUUUCGUGUCAUAUCUUCACCAAAUAGUUCUUAAAAGUGUUCAAAGUCAUAUGUUUUACUUCUCCCAACUUUCCUGGCAUGUAUCCCUAAAUGCUGAAGUCCAAGGAAUUCUAAUUUGGAGAUGAUGCAGGCCAUAGAACUGAAACACAAAUUUCUGCAAAACUCGAGAACUAAUCAAGCAAAUGGAACCAAAUUUGGCAUAUGGAGGUUUUAGGGAGCCAUAAAUGUUUUUAUGGUGGUUUGACACUCCUUUCCCCUCUCUGAAGAGAGGGGGGGAUUGGAAGUUGCUGAACAACCCGAGAAUCAAUCAAACUUAGCAUAUAGAUGUUUGAGGGAUCGAUAAACGUUUCUAUGGUGGUUCAACAAUCUUCCCCUCUCUCUAAGGGGAGGCUGCCUUACAAAUGAAACACAAAUUUCUGCAUAACUCAAGAACUAAUAAAGCAAAUGGAGCCAAAUUUGGGAUAUGAGGGUUUUUGGGUACGAGAAAUGUUCCUAUGAUGGUAUGACACCCCUCCCUCCUCUGGAAUGGAGAGUGGGUUCCAUAAAAAUAAUACACAUAUUCCAACCAAACAUGACAAAUGAAAAUUUUCGGAAAACUCUGAAGGAAAAUGAGAAAAUUCGAAAAAUUCAAUUCGCAUGUGUUUUACAGUUACAUAUUGACGAGCGUUGUUAGUCGAUUUGAUGUUUGCGGUAACGAAAUUGAUCUUCGUUCGAAAGUGGAAAUGGAUUUUAAUGUGAUAAGACGCAGUCCUAUAUCGUCUUCUAUCUAUAUAAAAAAUGGAUCGCCGAAUGUGUUGAUAAGAGCAGAUCUAUUACCAGCCAUAAAGGUGAAGAUGGAAGGCAGCCAUUGUAGUAGUAUUGGUAAAACCACGUGUAAAAAUGGAGUAAUAGUGUUUGUGAGAGAAGAGCAAUUUGAUUCGUUUGUUUUGAUCUUCGUACGUAAAUAGAUCAAUUCACUUAUCAGACUAUGUGGCACUUCACUGACACAAAUCUUAGAAUACAUUUGAAAAAAAUAACAAUUCAAUACUGAAGUUAAAUGUAUGAACAAUUGAAAAUAUUAAUAUAUAUAUAUUUAGAAGGAGUAUUUGCAUAUGAAGUAAAAUUCUGAUUAUGCGCGAGUGUAACAUGAGCAAAUUUAUAACACAUCCGAAUUAGGAUUCUUUUGGUAUUAACAAGUUCUUCCGCACAGUAACUCGAUGUUGAUAAUUCCUUAAUAUUUUUCUUCGUUUAUCGUAUUGUUUUCACAUAUUCACGUUGGAGAGCCUUAAGCCUUCUCUUUGUUGGCCGAGACCUUUUGAUUGAAUGUAAUAUUUUUCCGUUCACUAUUUUUGAAGCAUAGGCAGCCGGUAGGGAUCCUUGUACCAAGACGAUCCAACCAUUGCGAAACAAACAAAAGAAACUUUACAGCUAAACUCAAUUGUCAGCUUGAACCCUGGACGUGAGCCCUUUCUAUAUGGUCUACGGCUACGCUUUUUGCAGCCAGCAUAGAAAAUCACUAGCAUAUAAAUCAUGACCUAAAAUUAAAAAUGAAGUGCUCCGUGCGAUCCUGCAGCAGUGAUGUUAAUUGCAAAUCGGCAAAUAAAGCUUCCGGAUGGGUAUUCAAACAUCGCUUGCCCAAGGAAACUCCGAACGUAAUCAAAUGUUGAACAUAUAUGUACCAAGAUUGACUCCAAACAAUAAACAAUAUGUGAGCCCUGAGCGCGAUCCCUGCUUUAUACUGUCUACGCUCAAUUUUUUGGUUGAUUAGGAUCAACGAACUUACACAGUUACCAGUCCUCGCGUUAGUAUUAGUGAAUGGCGUGCAGAAUUGUUGGAAUUUAUGAAAAAUUUAAGAAAAAACCGAGGGGUUGUAUCCGAGACACGACCACUUAGGACGUAGGGCUACGCAAUAAUUUUUUUUAAAUUUGUUGGUUUAUUAUUUCGAAUAUUAUUUGCGAAUACGUCGAAAGUUCAUAAAUAAUUCUUUAGUAAAAAGUUCCGAGGACCCUGAAAAGGUUUAAUGGAUUGCGUGGUUUUGUAGAAUGAUUUCGAGAAGCAACGAUUAUUUCUUGCCUUUGCGAGAACAAUACACUAAUUGGUCAUAUGUCACAAUUUGUUUCUUUAUAUCAAUGCAUGCAUUGCACUGAGUAUUUAACGGGAAGCAUCUUCCAUGCAUCGCUAUUUAACAAGCAUUAAACACGCAUCUAACAGAUGCAAACAGUUGCAGCGAUAAACGUUAGAUGAAAUAUUCACUAGCGUUCACUGCUCGAGGGGAAACAUACAACACAAAACGAGCAGAAUAAGCGACCAGAAAGAUUCUGAGAAUUGUCCUCAGAGGAGAUGCAAUACUUAUACGCUAGAGCUUACUUACUUCGCAAAUAUUCUCUUUUCGCUAUCCCCCUUCGAUGUUUCUAUUCUAGCGGCUGCAUAAGUUGCUCGUUAUUGACAGCUCUGUUCGGGAAAGCACACAAAUUGACAGAACAAAUGUAUGGGGGAUGGGAAUGCUUCCAAUUUACAUCAAUUUAAAUCAUAUACAGACUAUGGAAUUGCAAUGUCUAGCAUAUCAAACAAAUUUCCGAUUUCGAAUGGUAUGCAAAUCGUUGAAAUCCGUUCGCAACAAAAAUAGUUAUUAACGUUAACUUUAUUUCAUAAAAACUUGAGCUGUUUUUUGAUUUGGCACCCUUAAUGUAAAACGUAGUCCUACGUCAAAAGCAAGCUCGCUUUGAGUCCGAGUUCAACUUCCAUACAGAUGGUUUAUAUAAAAAAAAUCACAAAUUUUCUGAACCAAACACCGCGAAUCUGCACGUUAUUUUAUAUGUGUGAGUAAUCUUUGUAUACGAUACAAACAAUCUAGCUCACCUGUAGUAUAUGUCAAACGUUGCAUUGGAAUCAGUGUUGCCACAUGUACAGAUUUAUCUGGAAAGGCACAGAAUUUCUCUCAUUUCGGUAUCGGGGUGUAAGUUCAGAGUUUCGAAAACGAGAGAGUGACGUUGGACUGCAAGGUUUUGAACGUAAAUACCUCUUUACCGGCUGAAUGGAGUGGUAUAAUAAUCUCUUCAUCUGAAAGAUAAAAUGUCAACGAGUUAUAUGAUUGUCACUGAUUGUCCAAAAAAUCGUUUCAAUAUCUUAAAAAUUGAUUUGAAAGCAAGCUAUUGAAAUCAUAACAAUCUAGCUCAUUGAUUAUGAUUGGUGAUUGCAAUGUGUUCCCGAACACGGAUGCAAAAUCAGGGCACCUGGAGAAACCGUCAUAGCAAAUACAUGCAAGCUGUGAUUUCUUUUGCUCGCUUGCAUUGGUGUUUGGGAAACCAUAGCGGACACAUGCAAGGCGUGAGUACUUUUACUCGCAUCAGUUUCAGUUCUGCUUUCGCAUGGAAAAGUCAUGAAAAAUUGCCACAUCACGAUAAAAACGAAAUAAAUUUUAUGCAAGGUUAUAUAGACAUUAUUUCGUUUUCAGCAUGAAAUGGCGCCCUAAGUUUCUAUUCUGCGCAUGGAGUGAUCAUGAAAAAUUUCGUGUUAUUCUCACGAAAACAAAAAUGAAUCACGUAUCAAACAUCUUCAAUUGCUUUUACAAGGCCACUCAAAUUUCCCCGGUUCGUUUCGGGACCACCAACAAGUUCGAAAGAGUUGAAUUUUAUGUUAAUAACAAUUCCAUACUUAUACUCAUCCACCCACACACUAAAAAGGAAAACUUUAGGCAAUCUUUCAAAAUAUUCAUCAAUUCAUUAAUUAAGAAUUGAUUCAGUUGUAAUUUCAAAUCAAUGAUUACCGAGCCAACGGCAGUCCUACGUCUACCUUGCGGUUAUAUCACAGAUAUAACCCACUUCUUGUUUUUUUCAGAUUUUGUGGUACAGAUUACAAAAUUUUGCUCAGAAGUACAGAUAGAUACAUAUUUUUUUGGGGUGCUACAAUUAUAAUACGUGGUUGGUCAAGCAGAUGAGGGAGAGGUUUGAUUUCGGUGAUUUGACCCUCAAACUUGCUGCAAUGUUGAAGCCCAGAAACUUUUUCAAUCUAACACUUGCAAUCCGUUUCUUUGCCGAUUCAACAGUGGUGCACUUUGACACUGUAUGCCCUUCUUCGUAGAAUUUAUUCACGUUUAAUCGUAGCACCUUUAUACAGCUUCUUCCAAAUUAUCUAUACUUUGAACAAGGAAAGGAAACGGGCUCUGAAAUGAAGUUAACUCAUUUAAAAAUCAGUUCGAGGUGUAUCAUUUUAAAUUUUUGGGAAAAGAGAAACGUUACAGGGUGAGCACGGUGAAUGAUUUAGUACACAGACGUGAUUUCGUGCCCGCAAUUGUUGUACGAUCAGUUAAUUGUGACUAGGCACAUAAUCGUGUGGAGAAAGACAACUCUCUAGAUUAUGAUAUUCGAAUUUCAUUCGGCGGAUUUUGCCCAUCAUAACCCCAUCGCGUCGAUGCUUCAAAACUUUGAGAUAAUAUUCUCUAGUAACCAUUUUGUCAGGUAGAGCAAAUACAGAUAUCCUUUUCAUGAUCUUGCAUUAGGAUUUUUUUUCUUAGAAAUGAAUAGAAAUCUUAAUGUUUUUGUUGUGGAAAACGGAAAAUUAUUUUCUCUAUUGUGCCAAACAUUCAAAGCAUGUUAAGUAUACAAAAUGCAAUCAUGUAUAUGUAAUAAUGUAACAUAAAUGUGUGCAGUUUUUCAUACUCUCUAUUGAGAAUCAAUUUAGAUUUAGGUUCAAGUGAUCGUGUUUCAUAAUGAUUCUAUUGGUGCUGAAAAUCCAAUAUUGAUAUUUUUCGAUAGACUAAAUUCACGCACUUUGCAGAAUUAUUUCGAUAAUCGUGGUCAUUUUCCUCAAUACCUUCAGUGAAGUCUCUUUAGAUCACACAACAAACCAGAGAACGUAUUCCGAUUUUUCAAAUUCGUCAAAUAUCUGAAGUUUCAAAACAAAACUUCAACAAAGUAAAACUAUUUGCAUUUUUGUUAGUAAUAUUGCGUGAAUAUAAAAUAAUACCAUACCUCUAGCAUCUGCCAAUAUUCUUUGAUUUUCUAUUCGAGCCUUCGAUUUCGCAAAGGAUAAACACGUUUUAAAAUAAAAAUGUAUUAAUGUAAAUAAACUUCUCAGUUUAUUUGAAUAUUCUAUGUGUUUAUUUGAAUAUUCUGUGUGAUAGUUUUUCCACGAGUGAUGAUUUUAAACGAAAAUAGUGUCUGACAAUGAGUACAUAAGUUAUGGACUUAAGGUUCUGUGCUAAAUAAAAACAUGUUAGAGUUUGCAUUUAUUUGCAGAGCCGAUUUCCCCAGAAACCUCGGGUUUGAAGUCUGUGUUAGGGAAACACAUUUCAAUCGGAACAAAAAUACCCUCGAUUUGUAUGAAUUCGCAAUGCCGAUUUCCCCACGCUCCAUGGAUUUGAAGUCUGUGUUAGGGAAACACAUUCCAGUCGGAACAAAAAUACCCCCGACUUGCAUGAAUUUGAAAUACCGAUUUCUCCAGGCACCUUGGUUUAGAAAUCUCUAUUAGGGAACACAUUUCGGUGGGAACAAAAGCUCCCCCUACUUUCGUGUGUUCUUCUUCUUCUUUUUGGCUUUAAGAGGGUUUAAACUUUUCAGUUCACUCGCCUCUAGGCUCUUUCGUGUGUUUGCAAUGCCGAUUUCCCCAAGGCUGCUUGGUUUUGAUGGCUGUGUUAGGGAAACCGUAAAUCGGGCCAAUCAAAACGAUGCAGUUAGGGCGUUUAGAUAACGCCUAAUAUUUUACAGAUAUUCAAUUGUUUAUCUAAUGAAAAACAACAUUUUGUUAGUUGCGAUAGAUGCGUAGAAAUAUUCCCUAUCAAGUGAUGCAAACAUCUUUCCUAUCCAGUACGAAAUGUUCGAGCUAUAAGCAUUCGAAAUCUUUCAUUUUUUCCUGCAUGUUCUGUGUUUAGGUUUUCAUUUUACCCUCCAUAUAUUCAGGUUAGACGUAGUCCCACGUCAAAAUGCAGAACAAAACAUUUCGAUUCUGAUGCUUAUUCUAAUCAUUGUGUAAGAUACAAGAAUAAAAGCAUACCUCUGUGAACUUUCGAUGUAUGUUGGUUGUUGUUCAUGCAACGCGCUGGUCUUUUCGCGUGGACGGCAUUGAGCCUCGUGUUCCGUUGGCGUGAAGCGAAAAUGGUAAUAGAUCUUCAGAUGCAAUAAACAUAUUUCUAAAAUAAAUCUCGUGAUUGGAAAUUAUUUUUUCCGUAUCAAAUGUGUAUUUUAUGUUGAACAAAUACACGUUUUCCACAAGUGAUAAAAAAAUAUUUAAACAUAGAAAGGGUUCAGCAAUGGUUUUAUAUUAAAAUGGUAAGAUUUUUGGUAAAAAUAUUAGAAAAAGUCAUAGAAAAUUAGUUGAAUAAGGUUAGAAAUUCGUGUUUUGAGUAUUAAAAUAAUACCAAAGCAAAAUGUUCAUACAAGUUUCGAUAUUUUGAAACUACAUUUGGGCCUGGUAAUUUGCUAGAGAGUGCGAAUGCUUCACAUCAACCUAAAACUUUGGCAGAUGGCGACACCUCCGUCAUCGCGAUUCUCAUUCACAUUGGGUUCCCAACUUGCACGGUGAUCGAUAUCCGAAGACCCAAACCUUUCCUAUUGGAAUUGCUCGUUGGGAAGCAUUGCACGCAACAAUUGAUACACGAUCUCGCUCCCCUGAAACAUUGCAUCCAAUCUUUAAUUGCGUACCAAAACUUGUACAGCCGACUCGAUUUCUCACGAAUUGUACUUUUUCUGUUCUAAUUUAUUUUGAAAAUAGUUCGCAAACACGCCGUACGCAUAGAGGAAUUAGAAUUUGGCGCCCAUAGAACAAUUUUUCCGACCCAUAUAGUAUUUUUGGUCCCUAGAAUCGAAUUCGAAAAUCCCGAAACGCAGUUAUUUUGACACUCAUUUAGAAGGGAUCAAAUUUGUUUGUAUUUUGUGAGUAACCUUAUUGUACACAUAGAAUAUGCAAAAUCUUGGUGUUGUUAAAAAUUCGUUUGAAUAUAGAGACCAUUGCCCUUAACAUUAUUUAAUUUGGGGAUGAUUUUAAGUUCGUCCCAGCCAGCCUGCACGAUCCCAGUUAUCGUUUACAUUCGUAUCAGUAAAAAAGCAAACAAUUCAAUUAGUCAAUCCUUAGAAGAAAAAUACAAAUAAACAAGACAAAAGCAAACACAGCGAUUAAUUCAAAUGGGGGGAUGAUGACAGAAAAAAAAACUAUAAUAUAUUUGAAGACUGAAUAAUCAAAUAAAAUUGGCUUUGUAACAACAAACAGAAACACGGAAGUGAGAUUAUCGCGAGAAGAUGGUGAAGAUGAGAGUGGCUUGACGACAAGCCAGAAGUGCUAACAUUGUGUAUGAUUCUAGAAGUUGAAAAGGGUAUCUGUGGGGGGAAAGAAAUUCGUGUAGGAUGCUAAGCAACUUAUGUAAUGUGCAAAAGUACUUUCAAUUCGAAAAUAAACAAAUUCUAAAACGA